UUUUUCUGUCACUAAAUUUUUUUUUCCACCAUGAAUUCAGACGCAGUUUUAUUGUUAGAGACUGUUCAUUUCGCCGCAGAGAAACAUCGUAACCAACGACGUAAAGACUCAGAAGGAACGCCGUACAUUAAUCACCCCAUCGGAGUAGCAAGAAUCCUCAGCUAUGAAGGAGGCAUCACAGAUAUCGAGGUUUUGCAAGCUGCCGUGCUUCAUGACACGGUGGAGGACACGGACACCACGCCUGCAGAGCUCGAAGCCAAGUUUGGACCGAUCGUGGCUCGUAUCGUUCAGGAGGUGACGGAUGACAAAAGCCUGCCCAAACAGGAGAGGAAGCGUCAGCAGGUGGAACACGCGGCUCAUUGCAGCCGCCAAGCAAAACUGGUCAAACUGGCUGAUAAACUGUACAACCUGAGGGACCUGAACCGCUGCACACCUGUUGGUUGGACAAAUGAGCGGGUCCAGGAGUAUUUUGUGUGGGCUUGUGAGGUGGUGAAAAGCCUGAAAGGAACCAACUCAGCUCUGGAGGAGAAGCUGGGGGAGCUGUUCAGACAGAGAGGAGUCCGGCUCUGACAACACGGUGGAAAACAGACUAUUACAAAUUAAAUUAAAUUUGAAUUCGUAAUAAAUUAUACAAAUACAUCAUA